AUGAAUUGGUUUCGUGUGUGGCCUACGACGUGUUUUCUUCUUGGUCGACCGGAAAGAGUUAUUCAAAAUGACGAGAGUCACAUUGAAAGCAACCGUCUGAGCACACGCGGCUAUCAAAUUCCUUUAAUUGAAAACUUGGGUGUUCUUAAGGAUGUUAACGACGCCAUUGACUUCACAGAUAACGACAUUCGUUACCUUGGAAACUUUCCUCGCAUGCUCCGUUUAGAGACAUUGCUUUGUGCUCGGAACCGCAUUUCAUCUAUUGCCUCUGAGCUUGGUGACGUUCUGCCCAAUUUAAAAAACUUGGUACUUGCUCAGAAUCACAUACAGGAGCUUGCCAAUUUGGAUCCCUUAGCAAAAUGCACACGGCUGGAACAGCUGUGCUGCUUGGAUAAUCCAGUUACUCAAAAACAGUACUAUCGCUUGUACUUGGUUUGGAGAAUUCCUUCACUUCGCAUUAUCGAUUAUGAACGUGUUCGUCGAAACGAGCGCUUAAGAGCUGAAGAACUCUUCGGGACACUUGAACAUCCUACUGAGGUGGCUACCUCCAUCAUGGGUGUGAAGAGUCGCAUGUUUGAUCUGGGUACCAUUUUGCAACAAGCUCAAGGUCCUGCUACUGGAGAAGUUGUAACGGGUUACAUGCUGACAGAGGAAGAAAGGGAAAAAAUUAAACAAACCAUUAAAAAUGCCACUUCUAUUGCUGAAAUAAACAAACUAGAGGCAAUGUUACUGGAAGGCAACAUUCCAAAAUAA